AUCUAUUGUUGCACAGGAUUUCUGGCCAUCACAGACCAGUUGCAUCAAGUGAAUGUUGACUUGCUGGGUUGGUGGCUUUGUGAACGUCAAUUACCUUCUGGAGGUCUCAACGGGCGACCAGAGAAGUUACCUGAUGUAUGUUAUUCAUGGUGGGUGCUAGCAUCUCUGAAGAUGAUUGGCAGGAUACACUGGAUUGACAGAGAGAAACUGCGUUCCUUUAUUUUGGCUUGCCAGGAUGAAGAGACUGGAGGAUUUGCUGACAGACCAGGAGAUAUGGUGGAUCCAUUUCACACCUUAUUUGGAAUUGCUGGACUAUCUUUAUUAGGAGAAGAACAAAUUAAGGCCGUCAAUCCUGUCUUUUGUAUGCCAGAAGAUGUCCUUCAAAGAAUAAAUGUACAGCCUGAGCUUGUGAGCUAA